AUGUCCACCGUCAACACGCCGUGGGUGGAGAAGUACCGCCCGCAGACGGUGGCGGACAUCGUCGGUAACACGGAAGCCAUUUCGCGGUUGCAAGUGAUCGCGAAGGAGGGCAACUUGCCCAACUUGCUUCUCUGUGGACCUCCUGGCACCGGUAAGACGACAAGUAUGCUCUGCCUCGCGCGCGACCUGUUGCUUCAGAGCACCGACGCUGGAAGCGCAGGGGCGUCGCCGGGUGGAGCCACGAAGGAUAUCCUCAAGGACGCGGUACUCGAGUUGAACGCCAGCGACGAUCGCGGAUUGGACGUGGUACGUGAAAAGAUCAAGCUCUUUGCCCAGACGAAGAAGACGCUGCCCAAGAAGUUCUUCUCUACAGGCGAAGGCGUCGCCAAGGAUGACCACGUGGUGCACCUCCACAAGAUUGUGCUGCUGGAUGAGGCGGAUAGUAUGACCCCAGCUGCGCAGCAGGCGUUGCGUCGCACCAUGGAGCUGCACAGCAGCACGACGCGGUUUGCCUUUGCGUGCAACAAUAGCAGCAAGAUCAUUGAGCCCAUCCAGUCCCGCUGCGCUGUCGUCCGAUUCAAGAAGCUCAGUGAUGCGGACAUCUUGAAGCGGCUCGUGUACGUCAUCCAGCAGGAGAACGUCUCCUACACAGAUGACGGACUGGAAGCGCUACUGUACCUCGCCGAAGGCGACCUGCGGCAGGCACUGAAUGCCCUCCAGGCCACACACACGGGCUACGGACUCGUGAAUGCUGACAAUGUCUUCAAGGUGUGCGAUCAGCCGCAUCCGCUGCUCGUGGAAAACGUCAUCACGGCGUGCGUCAUGAAGCGCAACAUUGAGGAGGCGCACCGAGAGAUGAAUCGCCUGCUCAACCGCGGCUACGCCCCUGUCGACGUGAUUGCGACCUUUUUCAAGGUCGUUCAGACAAACGCGCGCCUUUUUCGCAGUGAGCUGCAGCAGCUGGAAGUGCUGAAAAUAGUGGGCGAAACGACGAUGCGAAUCGCGGAGGGUGUGGGCACUCCGCUGCAGCUGGCCGCGAUGCUCGCACGCAUGAUUGCCGCCGUGGAGAACAACCCGUCAUAG